AUGGAUCGCGGAGAUCAUCACAGUCCGGGCGAGUUGGACGCGUUACACGGCGAUUGGAACAGAUCCGAAACUACCAUUUGCUUGCCAUCACCAUCCCCAUUGAAGCGAGCAUCGACGUAUCUCCCCAAAGCAGGACCUAAGGUACUGGAAGAGUCGAACACCGAUCCAUUCUACCUCGAGCAGUCACUAGCUGCCACCCCAUCAAACUGGGACUCGUACGAUUCAGCGAUCCGCAAUGAGAGAUUCAGCGACGAUAACAGUCAUUACUAUACGCUCUCGUUGACACACCAGAGGAGCGCCUCGGAUCUACACAAUUCGUCCCACCAAUUCGGUCCUGACCGGUCUACUAUCGCACAAUUAGAGCUGGAGAACAACUUGAGAUUCCAUCGUUAUACAUCAUCCACCGAGGAAGAGACCAGACCUCUUCACAGCAGCCAAGAGUCUUUUAGCUCGGUCCAGACUGAUAGCAGUACCCCCGAUCUUACCCCAAGCAGCUCCUUCUCUUCCACAUACUCCGCUGCUUGCCCAGACGCCGUCAUCAAGGCGACUGAGAAGCUAUACCAUCACGCCAAGCGUGCACAAUCAGAGCCCCGUCGUGAUUUCUACCUUCCUGCAUCUACUCCUCCUAAGCAGCUGCCUCCACCUCCACCUGUUCCUGCACUUCCCAGGGCACACACCCGACCCGCUACUCCUGGUUCCGGUGGCGCGAAUACCCUUUCAAUCAGCACAAUGAAAUACGAGGCAUCAGGCAGUAUGUCAUCUUCAUCUCGUCGGAGAAAGCCUCACCCUACCCUGCCCAACCUGUCACGCCGUCCGAGCUCCCAUAGCUCGCGGAGGAAACAGUCAAGCCCUGGAACCAGACCGCCAUUGGAUCCAUCAAUGAUUUCACCACCGAGCUUGAUCAACCCAGUGACCAUGGAGCCUCAUGCCACGCACUUUGAGCAGGCUCUCUUCAUCCCUGCCAACGACUGCCCCAGCCCUAUUCCCAGUCCUUCGGCUAGCUCACCACCCAUCUCCCGCCAGUGGACUGCCACAUCUAUGGAGCGACCCUCGACUUCCACAAUGGAUGCUUACUGUGAGCACUCUGUCUGGGAGUCCGACUCUGAUAACGAGUCCAUCGGCCACAAGUCUCUCUCUCGCAGACCCAUCGAUACACUGCGCAAGGUUCGAAGCCGUGCUAAGCUUCGUGCUGCCAAGUCUCAGCCCAAGUUGCACCAAGCUAUGCUUGAUGAUGAGACACCUGAGAAAUUCCCUUGCAUGCCAGACGAUGCAGUCGGCCAGCCUGUCCCCGAACCGUAUCGUGGUGUCAGCCUCGACCGACCCAGUACCAGCCGGGAUGGACUGCGUUAUAAUCAUCCUCUGCAAACCCUUCGCCUCGUCGCACCUUCCACUACAUCCCUGCUUAAACCCCGCUCUCGAAACAAUAGCAAUGGCAACUUGCGAGACUCCGACAUUGACCGGUCAACUGCAGCCGCCGCUCAGGCUCGCUCCAGGCGCCGUCAGCAAUCAGACUCUCCCGAGUACCUCAAGGAAGAGACAGAGAAGUUAACCUCCAUGUGCUACGAGCAACAUUCUCCCGUUCCCUUCGAGGAUCCCAUCGACCAAAGACCCUUCUUCAGACGGGUCCUUGAUUCCCUCCGAUCAUUGAGCUGCCACAAGGCAGCCACCAAAACCACUACCACAUUCUGA